AUGGCAUUUUACGCCAAAGAGUAUCCGACCGCUUACCCCGGCCAAUUAAUUUGCCCAGCUUUUGAAUUGGGGGCAAAAAGCGUUGAAUCCCAGGAGAUAAUAAGAUACAUCGCUGGCAAUGGGGUCGCUGAGGAGGAUUAUGAACUUGAUGGUAAGGUUAUGAGAGCUUUGACAGCAACUGUAGUAGGGGAGGUCAACUUUGAAGAAGAAUUGAAGAAAGCGGUACCGAGUGAAGAAGCUCCAAAAGAGGAGGCCACGGAAGAUACAAGUAGCACUGAUACUGAAAGGACAUUUAUCGUUACUGUGAGUGAUCAAGAAGCUUCUAAAAGGAGCGUCAACAAGGAUUUUGCUAACAACCUGCCAUGUGAAGGCAACAUUGUGCUUGCAAGAGUUACGCGCAUAUCGUCACAAAGAGCUAACGUUGAGAUUCUGGCAGUAGAGAAUAGAACUGUUCCAGUUGAUUCCGGAGUAGGUAGUAAUGGUACUGGAAUCACAGCACCAGGAGGUGGCUCCGGAGCGGCAACGUUUUCGGUGUCGCAGGUGUCUUCCGAUUUAGGUGAGACCUUCAGAGGAAUUAUCAGCUCACGGGACGUGAGGGCUACCGACAGAGAUAAAGUGAAGAUAAUGGAAAGCUUUAGACCGGGCGAUAUAGUAAGAGCGCAGGUUAUCUCAUUGGGAGAUGGUUCAAACUAUCAUCUUUCAACUGCGAGAAACGAUCUAGGUGUGGUGUUCGCACGGGCAUGUAAUGGGGCCGGAGGUCUGAUGUAUGCUAUUGACUGGCAGACCAUGGUUGCUCCAUCAACAGGGUUCAUGGAGUUACGGAAAUGUGCAAAACCAUUUUAA